AGGAAAGGAAGGGGAAGCCGGAAAGCGGUGCGAGUGAAGCUGAGCCCUUCCCAUCCCGCCGCGGGGCCGGUGCUUAGUCCGGCCCCAGGAUGCAGAAUGUGAUUAACACGGUGAAGGGAAAGGCACUGGAAGUGGCUGAGUACCUGACCCCGGUCCUCAAGGAAUCAAAGUUUAAGGAAACAGGUGUUAUCACUCCAGAAGAGUUUGUGGCAGCUGGAGAUCACUUAGUCCACCACUGUCCAACAUGGCAAUGGGCUGCAGGGGAAGAAUUAAAGGUGAAGGCAUACCUACCACCUGGCAAACAAUUUCUGGUCACGAAAAAUGUGCCAUGUUAUAAGCGAUGCAAACAGAUGGAAUAUUCAGAUGAAUUGGAAGCUAUCAUUGAGGAAGAUGAUGGUGAUGGAGGGUGGGUAGAUACUUAUCAUAACACAGGUAUUACAGGAGUAACUGAAGCAGUAAAGGAAAUUACACUGGAAAGCAAGGACAGUAUAAAACUCCAAGAUCAUUCAGCAUCAUGUGAGGAGGAGGAUGAGGAAGAUGAAGGAGAAGCUGCAGAUAUGGAAGAAUAUGAAGAAAGUGGAUUGUUGGAAACAGAUGAGGCUACCCUUGACACAAGGAAAAUAGUAGAAUCUUGUAAAGCCAAAGCUGAUACUGGAGGUGAAGAUUCUAUUUUACAAACCAGAACUUAUGACCUUUAUAUCACUUACGAUAAAUAUUACCAGACACCACGACUAUGGUUGUUUGGCUAUGAUGAGCAACGGCAGCCUUUAACAGUUGAGCACAUGUAUGAAGAUAUCAGUCAAGAUCAUGUGAAGAAAACAGUGACCAUUGAAAAUCACCCUCAUCUCCCACCACCUCCUAUGUGUUCAGUUCACCCAUGCAGGCAUGCUGAGGUGAUGAAGAAAAUUAUCGAGACCGUUGCAGAAGGUGGGGGAGAACUUGGUGUUCAUAUGUAUCUUCUAAUUUUCUUGAAAUUUGUACAAGCUGUCAUUCCAACAAUAGAAUAUGACUACACAAGACAUUUCACAAUGUAAUGAAGCAGGCAGAAAAAUUAUAUAAUUAUUGCUUCUGAUUUUUAAAGAAUUAACCCCUAGAUGUGACUAUUCACUAUGUUCACCAAUAUUGUAUAAUUUCUCUAAUAAAGGGACUUAUUAUGCAUUAAACAAAAAGUUCCAUUACCAACUUUAUUUGUUUAAUAAAAAUAAGUAUAAAGAGA